AUGCAAGUUGUAUCGUCAUUGUUCCUUUCUUCUUCCACUGACACUACAACUUUCCAAACAUCAAUGGAUUACUUCGGCGUUUCUAGGAACACAAUCCGUUCCGAGGCGUAUCAAAGAUUAGCCAAGUUGGGUACUUCUCACACUCAAUAUGGAGUGGAUCGUGAGUUCAAUAAGUUAUUGGAACUCACACCCAAAACUGGGUCAAUGAAGUUAUCUAAGGUACCUAUCACAUUGAAGGAGUAUGAGGUGUUGCUUGCCUUGUGCAAGUGCACCGAUUCAGAGCUUGGAAAUGUGGGUCAAGCUCGGGUCUUGGCCAAAAGACUUCGGUUGUACCUUUUGGAGUUACCUAGCCAAAGGUUCUGCACACAAGUGUUCAGUAUCAGUCCUAAGCUGUCACCAUGGACAAUUAUUGCAGAACAUUUGACGGUUGCUUUGAUUAACCUUGGGAUGACUUUCGAUGAGAUAUGUGAUGAAGUUUUAGCAACUUUUGAACAAUUUAAUGAUAUUUUUUUCAAAGCUGAUGGUGAUGGACUGCUGCUGCUGCUUGAAUUAUCUCACUAUUUAACAUUGAUUGGGUUAUUAGAGGGACUUUCACUCAAGGCAAAGCUUUUGGUAAGUUCAACCAGGGGAUUCUCGAUCUUUAGAAUAUUGGAUACUUGUAUUGAUAAUUUUGAUUUCUUGAAUGAAGUGGAAUUAUAUUCGAAUUUCAUCUACAAUGAACCUCAUGAUUACAAUAUUUUGUUGAAAAGAGAUAUUUUAUUGGACUUUUCUCCUAUUCAUUAUAUCAAAUUGCUUAGUCAACUCAUGAAUUCCAUGAUUAAUACCAUUUUGGGUAAUUCUAAAGGUGUCCCCACUUUGGAAUAUCUUCUAGAAUACGCUGCUAAAAUAGUCGAAGAUAAUUCUGCUCCAACAUUGGAUUUAAACACUCAAGAAAUUGAAUUUAUUAGAAGCUUGCUGGAAUUGGCCAUUCAAAAAACAAACUUUUUGGAUAGAGGUGAACCAUUUAUUGUCUAUUCUACUUAUAAUAGAUUGAAGGCUGGUUACAUUGCUAAAAGUCAUAACUUACAGAUAAUUGGUUGUGGUACCUUCACAGAUAAUAUUCCUGCCAAAACAGCUAGAAAGGUUUAUAAUGGCUGUUUAGAAAUCAAGGAAGUUGUUCUUGAUGAUGAUUUAGGCUUGACAACAAUUCAAUUGGGGUCUUUGUUGGUUUAUAAGGAUGAAAGUAUUGGGUCUUUCUUAACAAGAACUUUCACUUCUUUGGUUGGAAGAUCAAGUAUUUCCUAUAUCAAAAGAGCCUCUCAUAGUGUUGGACUUGCUUCCAAAAUCCUAUCUCAAGAUGCUGUUGUAACAACAAUUUAUGCCUUGAGUAAUAUGCUUACCACCGGAAGUAAUUAUGGUGCUGGCAGAAGAAGAGCUCAAACAGGUUUGAGUCGCUUUGAUUCUUUGUCAAUCAAGGAAAAUGGUAAUAAUCAUCUUAAGAAUGGAGGUGUUGGAGGAGUUUCCCGCGAAGGUUCAAUUAAUGGAAUUGUUAAUUCCAAUUUCCAAACUGGAGCUGGUGCUGCCGACACCUCAGGAAUCUCAUUUAGAAGCAAAGGUGGAGGUGAAUGGGAUGAUCAAGAUUAUCAAUUGAUUAGUCAAAAUGCAAUCGAUUCAAUCAUUGCUAUUACCCAAGCAUGUAAUGAUGAAACAGUGACCACUUUGACUGUAACCAUUUUAUCCCAAAAGGUUAUCAAAGCUGAUAUUGAUAAUUGCAAGAUUUUAUUAAGUGGGUUAGUCAAUUGUGCUCCUUAUCUACCAGUGAAGGAAUUUCUUAUCUUACUGAAGCUUCUUUCUAAGCUUUCAUUAGAUGCAUUGGAUGGUAAAUCCGAAAAUCUUCUGGAAUUAAUUGAUGCCAGAGUUGAAUUAUCUAUAUUGAUCAAACAGAAGCCAGACUCUCCGUUAUACUAUGCAUUAUUGAAAGAUAUAUUGCAAGGAAUUCUUAACAAAGGAGAUGUUGAAGUCUUAGAGCACCAUAGAUCUCAUAAUGAGAUCAUUGAAAUCGGUGAUCAAAUCCUGUUGUAUUUGAGACCUCUUGCGGAGUUAUUACCAAAUGCUCAUGAAGACGAAGAACCAUUAAAGAUUACUGAUCCACAAAUUAUUGAUUUGUUCAGAAAUACUUGGUUCAAUAUGGCUGUCCAUGGAUAUUCUAUGAAAUCAAGUAAUGCUCAAAAGUAUCACCGUCAACUUGAAAGAAUUGCCUAUAACUCUCCUCCAUUAGCAUCCGAAUUAUCAUGGAAUAAAACGGAAACCUCUUUGGAAUUGAAUACUGUGUUGAAAAGAGGUUCCUCCAAUCAUAAUGUUAAGGAUCACAGACAUAUUAUUGGGGAUAUUUUUGAAAUUAGUAGAACCCUUUCUUAUCCUAAGUUGAUCUUCUUAUCAGCUACAGUAUUUGUUGAAAGUUUAAGAGUGAAAUCAGGUGAUUGUUCCAAGAUUUUAUACUAUUUCUCUGAUCCUUCAGUUAAAAUCAGUGGAGUAGAUAAGUUUAUUGGCCCUAUUUGUUUCAAGAUCAUUAAAGAUUAUAUCUUGUAUAUUAAUUAUGGAGGUACCAAUAAGUUUUCAGCUCAAAAUAUUGCCAACCAAUUAACUACCAUGUUAACAUUAUGUUGUCAUAACUUAGAAGACUUACAAGAUGCUGCUAUGCAAUGCUGUGACUUAUUGAUCAACAAGAUUCCUUCCUCCUUAUGUCAUCACAAGAGUUUGUUUACAUUAUUUGAUUUGUUAACGGUCUUGUUUGAUAGUGUUGUGGAUGCUGAUGAAAAUGAAUAUGAACCAACUUGUACAUUUGUCACCAAAACUGCAGGAAUCCGUUUACUUUUGAGUGAUUCAUACAGUUGGCGUACUGAGACUCUCAACCGGUUUAGUGAAAAGGCUAAACAUUGGGUUAAAUUGGUGUUGGUUAAAUCCAACAUUGAUGUUAAGAGUUUAAUCCAAUCAUAUGUUUCAAGUUUGGAUAGAUUUCAAUCUAUGGAAAGAAUCCAUUUUGGGGUUUCGUUUGCCAUUUCAAUGGCAGGAGAAGUUGGACCUGCUGAUAAGGAAUUGGCAGGUAUCAACAGAUUCACACUGCAAAACUUCAAUACUUUGGCAGUUUUCACCACCCAAUUGAAUUGGAGAAGCAACUUUCUUACAGAGUUAAUGGAUAAAAUGCCAUUAUACAAUGAACAAGAUAUUGAAGCUGCAUGUCUCAGUAUAAGAGAAGAGGCUCAGAGUUUGUUAGUUGACGUUCAAAGUAACGCUAGUAGCAUUCCUCAACAAAAAAUCAUUGACUUUUUAACCAAAAUUGCUGGGUUAACAUUGGUUAGUGAAAAGAAUAAUGCUGAAUUGGUAAGAUAUUUGGUGGAUAUUCCCUUUAAAAUUUUUGACAGUCAAAUUCUAAAGGCUGCAAUUGAUAUAUGGUUGGCUGUAAUGAAAGAUAGAGGGAACAUUAGUAUUCUUUUGAUUUCUGAAGUUGCUAAAAGUUGGGAAACUUCCAUAGAAUUACGUCAAGGUUUGUUUUCUAAAGAUAAUGAUUUUAAGAAUCCAGAGUUCUCUAAAAUGGAAUACUCUCCAAGUGAUAUGACUUCAGUUACUCAUAAAGCUAAUAAUGUUAGUCGAUCAUUUGAACCUCAUUUACAAAUUAUUCGGUUAUUCUCUUCGAGUUUUGAAGCCACGUUGUAUCAAUCUGAUCAUUUGUUGAAGUUAUUCACAAGAUUUGUUGAAGUUGGAAUGAAGAAUUUAAGGUUUGCAAGUUUACACCCUUUUGCAAGAUUAGUACGGUUUGAAUUGAUCAGAUUUGCUUUCAAUGUUUUAAAUUAUCACAUUGGUAUGGCUUAUCAAACUGGGUCUAGGAGUGUUAAAUACUUAAGUGAAUUGAUCUUGGAUGCUCAACUUUCAUGGUUCAGAAGACGUGCAGUUUAUCCCUUUGGGUCUAAUGUAUUGAGGUUCAAAUCUGACCAUAAAUUAUUAAAAGACGUUGCCAGAUUGACUUCAGUGAUGUCUACUUUCAACUCUGAGAGAUUGGAGAGUAAGAAGAUCUUAAACAUGUUCUUCCUUGAUGAUGAAAUCUCCAUUUUUGAUGUUUGGUUAUCGACAUUGAAACCAAGAGAAACAAGAGGUGCAUACAUCAGUAGUAAAAUUAGUGGGAACCAUAUUUCCAAAGCUUAUGCUAUUGAUCCAAUUCUAGCUGUGAAUCUUGCCCUUCGGUAUAAGGUAAAGAAUUUGGAUGAAUUAUUAAAGGAUUUAAUUCGUAAGAAUCCUUUACCAGCUAUUUUCUAUCCUGAUGCAGUUCAAUAUUUUAUUGGUAUUGAUGUGGGAAGUACUUCACCAACCCAUCAUUUACUUUAUUGGGAACCGUUAUCACCAAUUGAUUGUAUUACGUUAUUCUUACCACCCUUUGGAAGUGACCCUUAUGUGUUGCAACUAACCAUGAGAUCUUUAUUGCAUCAUGAUGUGAAUUUGACCUUCUUUUAUGUCCCACAAAUUGUUCAAAGUUUACGGUUUGAUGCUAAGGGCUAUGUGGAACGAUUUAUUAUUGAAACUGCCAAAGUCUCACAGUUAUUUGCUCACCAAAUCAUAUGGAAUAUGCUUGCCAAUAGUUAUAAAGAUGAUGAUGCCAAUGAACCAGAUAAACUUAAGCCUGUAUUGGACAUGAUCCAAGAUGAAAUGAUCAAAUCUUUUAGUGAUAAGGACGUUGAUUUUUAUGAGAAGGAAUUUGCAUUUUUCAAUGAAGUCACUAGCAUUUCCGGUAAGUUGAAACCCUAUAUAAAGAAGACCAAGGCUGAAAAGAAGGUUAAAAUCGAUGAAGAAAUGGCUUUAAUCGAUGUUCUACCAGGAGUUUAUCUUCCAAGUAAUCCUGAUGGAGUUGUGGUUGAUAUUAAUCGGAAAUCAGGUAAACCUUUACAAUCACAUGCUAAGGCCCCAUUUUUGGCUACAUUUAAAAUUAGAAAGGAGGUACCUGCUUAUAAUGAAAAAGGGCAAUUAUUUAAUAUGGAAAUUGAAAAAUGGCAAAGUGCAAUUUUUAAAGUUGGUGAUGAUUGUCGCCAAGAUGUGUUAGCUUUACAAUUGAUUUCUGUGUUCCGGACCAUUUGGGCUGAUGCUGGAUUGGAUUUAUAUGUGUUUCCCUAUAGAGUUACAGCCACUGCACCAGGCUGUGGAGUUAUUGAUGUUUUGCCCAACUCCGUGUCACGUGACAUGUUGGGUAGAGAAGCAGUUAAUGGAUUGUAUGAAUAUUUUACAUCAAAGUUUGGACCAGAAACUUCCAUUGAAUUUCAGAAUGCUAGAAAUAAUUUGGUUAAAUCGUUAGCUGCUUAUUCCAUUAUCUCUUAUUUGUUGCAAUUUAAAGAUCGUCAUAAUGGUAAUAUCAUGUAUGAUGAUCAAGGACACAUUUUACAUAUUGAUUUUGGGUUCUGUUUUGAUAUUGUACCUGGUGGAGUUAAGUUUGAGGUUGCGCCAUUUAAAUUGACAAGAGAAAUGAUUGCCGUACUAGGAGGUUCAGAUCAAACUCAAUCAUUUAGAUGGUUUGAAGAACUUUGUGUGAAAGGUUAUUUGGCCUGUCGUCCGUAUAUGGAAACCAUAGUGCGGUGCGUAACUCCAAUGUUAGAAAGUGGCUUACCUUGUUUUAAAGAUACAACUGUUAAAAAGUUGAGACAACGGUUUGUACCGGGUAAGACAGAAGUAGAGGCAUCCAUGUAUUUCCGAAGCUUGAUUAAGAAAUCAAUGGAAUCGUUUUAUACAAAGGGCUAUGACGAAUUCCAACGACUUACCAAUGGUAUACCUUAUUAG